AUUUAAAAAAAAAAAAAAGGAGCUGAAUGACAAAGGACCUCCUCUAGUACCCUCUUUGUGGCCAGCUAAGACAAGCCACCCAGCUGCUUAGAGAGAAGAUGUGGUAUCAAAACUUAACUCAGGACAGGCAUGACUUGGGGGCAACUCUUGGCACUGGGUCUUGGAAAACUAUUUUAAGAAUAGUCUUUCUGUUCCUUACCCUAAAUUUGGGAAGAAACACCUCUUGUAGAUGAGGCAAAGAGGGAAAAAACCCAUAGCUCUGUCCCAUCCCCUUUCUUCAACUAUAGAGACAUCUCUUCUGAUUUGAGUAGGCUAGCCCAAUUCCCAACUGCUUUGUACGUAAGAGGGUCAAGGUAUUUAAUGCGUGAGUGAAUGACUCUCCAGCCUCUGCACUUCAGUUUCUUGGUUCCUAUAGCUUAGAUGAAGGAGAGGGACCAUAUGGUUCGGAUCCUAACGGAUUCAAGUGCACUAGGCCUGUGUGCCUAGAAUGAUGGCUUGUGUAUAUUACUUACUCCUGCCCAGCCAAGUCACUCCCUACUGCUCUCUGAGAGGGCUUGGGAGUCCCUGUGGCCUUUCUCUGGGUCCUGGGGAAGGGGAAGAGAAGGUCAGUUUGUGGUUGAGAUCAAUCGUAGAUGAUAGGAAUCACUUGGUGUCAGUUCGUAGGUUUUGCAGAAGCAACAUUGGCACUUUCAACCUCUGUCUAGAGCCCAGUAAACAAUGGACAAAGUAUCUUCUCAUUAUCUUCAUAGCAACCUGCGAAACUUAGCAUUAUCUUGCCCCAUUUUAGAGACAAGGAAACAGGUUCAAGAAAGGGGAAGUAGCUUGCCCAAAGGUCACAGUGUAAGUAAAUGGCAGGACUGUGAUGUGGUGUGUCUGUCUCCAAACAACCUGCCAGUGCCACACCAUACUGGCCGGUGGAAAGUCACAGAAGCGCGUUUCCUAUCUGUCAGAAGCAUCCACAAAGCACUUCUCAGGUUACGACCCAGCUUUCCCCAAGUGUCUUAACACUGGGCUGCCAUCCAAGUUCAAAUGCUGGUGAUAGGACUGAUCAGGGCCCAAAGCCAGCCUCCCUCCUAAUCAGGAAUAAUCAGCAAUGGGUUUAUCCUUCUCAUCCCUCUGAUCCUAUUAUUCCAUUCCAGAACUCUAAGCGUGGCUUCUGGAGGCCCAGGGGCUGCUGCCACAGUGCAUACUGAUGGGGAGGCGGGGCCGUGGGAUGUGCUUUACUCCUUAGGGAAGCCCCCACCAUUCAGCCCUCUGUGAAAUUUUCUGCCAAAGGUCAAGCCAUCUGCCUCCUCAAGAUCAGUAGUUACUCCUGUCACACAGAACCACCACACACCCCAUCUGCUCAACCUAAAAUAGAUUAAGCAAGCUCUGGGUUGGAAUCCUGAAUCCCUGGCUGCCCUUAAGCCUCAAGCUGGUGUCAGCACCCUCUUCGCUAAAGGAUGGGAUUUCUUCCAAGUGCGUGGACUUUUCCACAAGGGCCUGGUUUUGCUGUCUCCUGGUCUCCUUGUCUCUAAGGACAGAGGCGUAUCCCAAGGUCGACAAAUGUGUGCUGUGCUCUGCACUGGCCUGCGGGGGGCAGGAGCCACCAGGUCUGAGCCUGUGGGUGCCCUGCUGAGUGAAUGGAGGCCCUGCUGGGCCCUUUAGGACCAACAUCGCCACCGGGCAGGGGAAGGGGUGACUUCUAUGUGCCUGGAACUGUGCCAAGCCCUUUGCAUGUAUUAUUAACUCCUCACAAGAGUCCUAUGAAGGAAGCGUUAUUAGAGUACCCACUUUAUAAAUACAGAAACUGAGGCUCAGAAAGAUUAAGAAGUCCUCAAGGUCACAUGGUUGGUAGGCAGGUGGGCAAGAUUUGAAUGCAGGUCUGUCCGACUCUGUAUGCUGAGCUCUUUACCUCUAGAUCAGUGGUUCUCAACACUGGCUGCAGGUUAGAAUUACCUGGAGUAUUAAACAACACCAGCGUCCGGGGCUCACCUGCACCUACUCCAUCAGCAUCUCUGGGGAAGGUCCCUAGUGAUCCUAGUCUGCAGCCAGCAUUCAGAGCCCCUGCUUCGCACUGUGCCGCCUUUGCAUGUAUCCACCCAUUUAGUUCAUACGAAUUGGAUUUGUACCUGGAGCCUAGCUCAUCUCCCCUCUGGGGUCCGCGGUGAGACCUAGCUUUUCAAAAAAGUCUGCAGAUGGUCAGUGUUCUACAUUUCGUCUACAAGUCUUUCCUGAUCCCUCCACACUAAGUCAGAUCCCUGUCUCACAUUCUCAAGAGUGUUUGUGUUUCUCCUUCAUAGCAUUUACCUGAACUGAGAUUAAGUAUGUUGAUAGCCCUUUAAUAUCUCCUGCCCGCCUGCCAGAAUGUGAGCUCCCUGAAAGCAGGGACCGUGUGUAUCUCGUUCCCACAACUUUCCCAGAGCCAAGCACAUGGGACAAAUGAUACUUCCUUCUUCCGUUUUAAUAAUUCCUUAUCCAGUACCUGUCCUGUGCCACGCACUUUCCCCGCACGCACCGUAUCACCAGGCGAGGGAACUGAGGGCUGCCAUGUGAGCACUCCGGAGCCGCGCAGCCAGGACUCAGUCCCAGACCUCCAGAUCCUUCCCAUCCAUCUGAGUCCGUUGCUCUUCCCACGACCCUGCCUUCAGGCUCUGUUUCCGAGGAACAGGUCUUUGAAGAAGGCAUUUUUGUUGGCUCUUCCCGUACCAGCUCCCCGGCAGCAUCUUCACCCCCUUUCCUGCCCUUUUAAGUGUCAACAGCGCCCCCCCCAGCCCCCCCCAGGCUCCUCCUUCUGGCCUCCAGAGGCCGGAACCAGGCUGCUGAGAGACUCCCCGACUAAAAUAAACCAUUCCAUCGUCGUCAGCGCCACGGUCCUCAAAAGCUAUCCAGGGACCUCCCUCCCCAGCUCCCUGGGAGCUGGCCUGUGGCACCUUCUGGGCAGCGUCCCCACCCAUCUUCCCCUAACGGGAGCUCUGACCAGCCACCCAAAACUGGACAAAAAUUCCUGCGAGAGGAGCCCCUCUGGACUGAAACUCUCAGCCUUGUGUGUAAAGGGUUUUGCUUCAGGGCCUGGGAAGAGCUCGGCUUCCCAGCCUAGCUCUGGUGCCCCCUGCUGGGAAAAGCCGGGUGCAGGGAAACGGGGACACUUCCUCUCCUGGGUCGUCUGGCUGGGGCUGUAGGUCGCAGAGGUGACAUCUGAGGCUUGAGAUGAAUUCACAUCAAAGCUGGAAGCUGGAGGGACGAGGACGUGCCAGUUACCUAAAAAGUUUCAUUCAUGGGACCUUGAAGACCGCUUUGCAAAGGGCGGCCUCUCUGCACCCCCAAGGAAACCGGUGAAAGAUCCUCUAUGGGGAUCAGGCAGAGGAUUAGGAGGUUUGUCGCCCUCGCUUGCUCACGGCCGCCCGCCGUGCCAGCACUGCCUCCAUCAGGACCCCCUCAGGGCCGGCUCUUGAUUUCCCUUGGGUCGGAGAGAGCGCGCACAGUGAAGGGAGCCGAAGGAGCUGCGUCGGCUCAGCUGUGCUUCCAGCCCUGGAGCCUCAUCCCGUUUCGGUGAGGAGGCAAGUGUGAAAAAUGGAGCGUGAUGGAGACUCGUCACAAGAUCUCCCAGGGCCUCACUGGAGCUGCCUGCUCUCAAUCCAGCUGCGAUGGCGGGCGUGAUUAAGAUGCGUGUUUGUCCCUGAGCGCCUGUGUGUGUGUGUGUGUGUGUGUGUGUGUGUGAAUGCACACAUGAGGUUGGAAGCUGGGAGGCACCCUGGCUUUGGGGGCCCAAACUAGCCUGCUUCCCCUUCUGGGUUUGCUGGCCUAAUUCCUAGCUGCAGCUGCCAUUCUGGGCUCCCCUCCCCGAGGCAAUCUCCCUGCAGAUUUGACAGCCAGAGAGGAGGGGCCGAGGGAAGGGGAAUGGACUGGGGAGAGGCCUCAGCUGUAAUCUGAUGUAGAUGAUCCGGCAGCCUUCUCCAGCUCAGCUGCCCUUUGCCGUCAGCUCUCUGGGCGAUUUCCUCUGUGCCUGCACUCUCCCCUCCUACCUUCAUCUCCUUAAGAAAGUGUCCAGAAAGUUAAACCCACACACAUGAACACACACAAUCUACAAAAAAAAAAAAAAAAAAAAUCUGGGAACAGGAGCAGGCAGACAAGUGAGAGAGCACGCGCGCAAGAGAGAGGACUCAGAUCGGUCUUGGAGGAAGACGGCGCAGGCAGAGGGAGGCUAGGGUUGGUGGGGACCCAGACUAAGGUCUCUUAGCCCCCAGGAGCCUCCUUCAUGGACCCGGGGAUCCUGAGAGGGGCUGCCUCAGCUUAGGAUGGGCAACUGUGUCAAGUCUCCACUGAGAAAUCUCUCAAGGAAGAUGCGUCAGGAGGAGACCAGCUAUACGGUGGUGCAGACGAGUGAGGAGGGGCUGGCGGCCAGCGGCGAGCUCCCCGGACCGCUCCUGAUGCUGGCCCAGAACUGCGCCGUCAUGCACAACCUGCUGGGCCCGGCCUGCAUUUUCCUGCGUAAGGGCUUCGCGGAGAACAGGCAGCCUGACAGAUCACUGCGGCCAGAGGAGAUUGAAGAGCUCCGGGAGGCCUUCAGAGAGUUUGACAAAGACAAGGACGGCUACAUCAACUGCCGGGACCUGGGCAACUGCAUGCGCACCAUGGGCUACAUGCCUACCGAGAUGGAGCUUAUCGAGCUGUCUCAGCAGAUCAACAUGAACCUGGGUGGCCAUGUGGAUUUUGAUGACUUUGUGGAGCUAAUGGGACCUAAACUCCUGGCGGAGACGGCAGAUAUGAUUGGAGUAAAGGAACUGCGAGAUGCCUUCCGAGAGUUUGACACCAAUGGUGAUGGGGAGAUAAGUACCAGUGAGUUACGAGAGGCCAUGAGGAAACUCCUGGGUCAUCAGGUGGGACACCGAGACAUAGAGGAAAUUAUCCGAGAUGUGGACCUCAAUGGGGAUGGACGAGUGGACUUUGAAGAGUUUGUCCGGAUGAUGUCCCGCUGAGGCCGCCAGGGCCCCUCCAGGACUGCCAAGCUCCACGGGCGGGGAGAAGAGGAGCCGGAGCUCGCCUCAUCCCGCCGCCGCCGCCGCCGCCGCCCAGAGCCCGGGACGUACUGGCGGAUGGGGCCUGCCUGCACCCCGGGGAGGUGCCCACCCCGGACCCCCGCCCCUCCGCACUGUGAAAGACUCACGACUCCUGCAACUGGAAAGGGGGGCGCCCGCCGACGAGGAGGCCACCGCGCCAGGCCGGCGGAAGUCAGGCCGGGCGCCAAGUGCCAUAGACCCAGUCGCUGCUGGCUGGGGGCGCCCCACACAGCAUGUCUGCCCCCCGGGGCAGAGCCUCUCGCCGCCCUCCUUAGCUCUGUGCCCGUCCCCCCUCGCCUCAGCCCUGUUAUCUCAGAACCAAUAAAAAUAUUUCCAAGAGAAAGGCGGCCGUGGGGGGGGGUCUUUGCUUCUCCAGCCUGGUUAGAUGACACACGCGUUUCCUGAGUACCAGCUGCGCGCCCAGAACUGGGUGAACCUCCCUGCCCUCGACUUGUACUGAGUUCCCAUUAGGCACCCAGCCUCUUCCACCUUUGACUGAAAGGGAGACUGGGGCAUAUAGUGAUGUAGCUGGAUUUGCUGCUACCCCAAACAAGGUCAAGUUCUAUAAGGAAAGGAGACUGGAUAUUGGUUGGGUAAGCAUCUAGCAGGGUCUGCCUCACUUCCUGCCUCCCUGGAGAUUUCACACUGGUCGAGAUAAUCACAUCCAUAUGUGAUUACGAAUUGUGAUCCUGCUUUUAAGGAAAAAUGCAGGGACCUUUGGUGGGGUAGGAUAAGGAGGCCUGGACUACUCUCUGGGGAGAUCAGGAGAGGCUUUCCUGAGGAAGUGAUAACAAGGUUUUUGCACUGGAGGAAAUCCCAGUGUGUGUGAGGACACGAAUGUAUUAGAAUGGAAUCAGCUGCCAGACUCUCUGCUGAGUGAGAAGCAGGAUGGUAUAGUCGUUAGAUCCUGGAUUUACUUGCUGUGUGACUUUGGACCAGUCACGUCUCCUCUCUGAACCUCAGUUUCCUCAUGUGCAAUAAGGGGAUAAUAAAGGAUAAUAAAGUCUACAGUAAAUGAUCUCAGGGUAUUGCAUUGCCCACCUCCAGGGGCUGUGAAAUUGUGCAAAGUGGCAUUAUUAAACAGGAUCCAUUGUAAUCAUUGUAAUUAAUUUCUA